AUGUUACAACAACAACAAAACCAUCAUCCUGGAGCAGAUAUGUUUCUCCUUUUCUACAUUAAACGCCGGAUUGAAAAAGACUCCAACCUAGAAUGGUUUGAAGCUCCUUAUUGCGCAGAAGAUGAUCCCCCUCAAGAAUGGUUGCUUCUCGAACAAGCAGCACUUAUUUUUGAGCAUGAUAAUCGAAAAGAAAUUGAAGAAACAAUGAUUAAUAGACUUGUACCUUUGGGAAGACUUAACUUUAGAAGCUUCCGAAUGGUUCUUCAAAAAGUUUCAAAAAAUCCUUAA